CUUUUGUUGACUCCCGCUCUGUGAUUUUUGCAGAGCACUGUGACUAUUACUAUCAUUUCUUUUUGUCUGUGUCUCACAGUAAUGGACUGUGAUAGAGUUAAGGCCUUUUGGAGGUGAGCUGUUUGAGAGCUGAUGCUUAAACAUGUCUGAAGUAGCUGCCGACACUUUCCCCAGCCCCUCAGCUCAGCUGAGCCCUGACGCGUCCCUCAACGGGCUCCCGGCUGAGGAGAACAUGCCGGGCACCCAAAGUGAGGACAGGAGGGUCCAGGGGAUAGCAGGCCUUGCCGCGACCUGCUGUGUGUGCCUGGAGGCAGAGCGACUAAAGGGCUGCCUCAACUCUGAAAAGAUCUGCAUCGCCCCUAUCCUGGCUUGCCUGCUCAGCCUUUGCCUCUGCAUUGCUGGCCUCAAGUGGGUCUUUGUGGACAAGAUUUUUGAGUAUGACUCUCCUACGCACCUUGACCCUGGGAGGAUAGGACAAGACCCAAAGAGCGCUGUGGAUCCUACAGCUCUGUCUGCCUGGGUGCCUUCAGAGGUGUAUGCCUCACCCUUCCCUGUACCUAGCCCCAAAAGCAAGGCUGAAGUGACAGUGCAAACUGACAGCUCGCUCGUCCCCUCCAAACCAUUCCUCCAGCCUUCUCUGUAUAACCGCAUCCUAGAUGUUGGGUUGUUGUCCUCUGCCGCACCUUCGCUGUCACCACCUGCCCUGGAGCCUACCACAGCAUCUCAGGCGCAAGCAACAGAAACCACUCUCCAAGCUGCUCCAAAACUUUGUAAGUAG